GCUGAACAGGAAGUGUCGUCACAGGGGAGAGCUUAACAGAGACGUGGAGUUCAGUCACUUGGAGGCGUGUGGACACAAACCACCAUGAACAGCCUGUAAUGAAACUUGCUAUGGAUCUCUACUGGGACCUGUGGACUAAUCUUCCCCUGACAGAGGUGUGUUUUGCUCUGAACAUGGCGCAGUGACAUGUUGUAGCUCCGUGAAGACUCCAGCCGAAGCUCGUGCAUCGAUCGUCUGAAGGUGGGGGGGAAACGUCAGAUUUAGCUGGAAACAUAAACUUGAUCUGUCGGACGCUGACUCGCCAAUAUGCCGGGAAACACGGCACCGGUCCCGGUCGUGCCGCUGGUCAUCAACUGCAUCAUGUCCUUCAUCGGCUGUUUGGCCACAUUGGUACUCAUCCCUGCUUUUAAAGACCACUUCAUCAAAGCCAGGUUGUUCGGAGUAGACCUGAACAAAACAUCAAAAAAGGAAGUCCCAGAGUCGCAAGGAGUCAUCAGUGGGACGGUCUUCCUCAUCAUCCUCUUCUGCUUCAUCCCAGUGCCUUUCCUCAGCUGCUUUGUGGGAGACCAGUGCAUGGGCUUCCCUCACGAUGAGUUUGUGCAGCUGAUUGGUGCCCUGCUGGCCAUCUGCUGCAUGAUCUUCCUGGGCUUUGCCGACGACGUGCUCAACCUGCGCUGGAGACACAAGCUCCUGCUGCCCACCAUUGCCUCGCUGCCGCUGCUCAUGGUCUAUUUCACCAACUUUGGCAACACGGUCAUCGUGGUGCCCAAGCCCUUCAGAUCCCUGCUCGGCCUGAACUUGGAUCUGGGUAUUCUCUACUACGUCUACAUGGGGAUGCUCGCAGUAUUCUGCACGAAUGCCAUCAACAUCCUGGCCGGCAUCAACGGCAUCGAAUCAGGUCAAGCCCUGUUCAUCUCCGGCUCCAUCAUCGUUUUCAACCUGCUGGAGCUCAAUGGAGAUUACCGCGAUGACCACGUUUUCUCCCUCUACUUCAUGAUACCAUUCUUCUUCACCACACUUGCACUUUUUUACCACAACUGGUACCCCUCAUCUGUCUUUGUGGGAGACACUUUCUGCUACUUUGCCGGAAUGACUUUUGCUGUAGUUGGCAUAUUGGGACACUUCAGCAAAACAAUGCUGCUGUUCUUCAUUCCUCAAGUGUUAAACUUUGUCUACUCCUUGCCUCAGCUUUUCCACAUCAUCCCCUGUCCCAGACACCGGCUCCCCAGACUGAAUCGAGACACAGGCAAGCUGGGCAUGAGUUACUCUAAAUUCAAAAGAAAGGAUCUUUCUAGUUUAGGUCUACUCAUAUUAAAGGUGGCCGAGUUAUUGAAACUGCUCGAGGUGCAGAGAGCUGAGGAGGGAGAUGAUGACUUUAUUGAGUGCAACAACAUGACUUUAAUAAAUCUGGUUCUGAAAUUGCUCGGCCCCAUCCAUGAGAGAAAUCUCACGGUCAUCAUGCUCACGAUCCAGGUGAUAGGCAGCGCAGCGGCUUUUGGGAUCCGUUAUCAUCUGGUGCGUCUCUUCUAUGACGUCUAGACCGCUCUGCUGGAAACAUGAGCGAAAUCUGUCUGAGAAAGUUGUUUUGGAACUAUUUAAGAGGCAUCUGCCUUUUUAAUAGGUUCCAUUGUACCUCGCUUUUACUCUGCCUCAGACCGGACCUGCAGGAGGGACUCAAGGUGCAAGGAUCAGUGCUGUGUUUCCCUUUGCCAGAACAUUUUCACAUAAAAGCAUAAACGGCAUCAACCAACAGCUCUACUGUUUAUCAUCCUCGUCUGAGUUUCACUGAUUACAAGCAUGAACAUAUGUCUAGAAUUGUCUUCAAUGUCCUCCCUGAAAGCACAUUUUGUGUACUGGGUUUUUUAGAGGACAGAAGGAACCUGUGAGGAAGAGUCUUGGUCUUCAGGACAGACUCCUGAAAUUUGAUGACUGAAAAAAAAACUAGACGUUUAUGGAGCUAUAAUUGCUCUGAGAAGAUUUUAAUUUAUAUUAAACAUAGUAGUUCAUUGCUUGAAGGUGCUGUUGAAGAAAAAUGGCAUCGGGAAAAUGUACCCAUUCGCGCUUCGUUUUGCUUGACUAUCAACUCAUGCAGCAAAGGCAGUGCAGUGGGAAAGUUGGACGUCUUUUUGAUUGUUGGGUUUUUACCUCCGAACAAACGCACACAGAAUGGUGAAUGUGAAGAAAAGAUAAGACUGUCGGAGUCUGAUGACUGUUGCAUGGAAUUAGGUGGAGGCAGGUAAACAAAGUGGAACAAUAGAAAGGAUAAAUGAGAUUAUUAUCGCUGGUUUGUAAAUUACUAACUAUAUGAAAGGUGAAGGAUGUACUUACUUCAAUAUUUAGAAUUUAUUGAUUUCUACCUUUUUUUUGUUUUAUUUGGUACAUAACUGUAUUUUUUAUGACUGAUAUGCAUAUACCCCCCCAGAAAAAAAGGUUCAGCAUCACCAAUGUGAAGUCAAUUGGCACUGGACUAUUUUGUUUAGGAAUGUAACUUCCUGUGAGAAUCGGUUUACUGUCGGGAUGGAAGGCUCAACUUCAGAAAUAAAAACUGAAAAAAGUAA